CACAUGCACAGACUACAGUCCACUCACCACCAAAUUCAUCUCCCCUUUGCAAGAACAUGAGCACUGACACAAACAACUCCCCUGCGACUCCACAGGUCGUCCAUGUCCACCAUGUGUUUCAUCCAGAGCGAGACAAUCAUUUCCGUGCUACAGCAGCUUCCAGUGAAUUCCUCAGAGCGAACCAGAAGAAUUUUGGCGUACAAUGUACGCAAUGUGGAAUGAAAUUGGAAAAACCCUUGAAAUGCGCGAAGUGUAAGGGUGUCUGGUAUUGCUCGAAAGAGUGCCAAAAGAAAAAUUGGUCCACCCACAAGCCGACAUGCCAUGAAGUUGAACGCUCCUCGGGGGCAUUCAAAUUCAUACGGAUGCUCCGUAUAAAUCCAUUGCUCAUGUCAUAUCUGAAAAUUGGUAUCAUCUUCGACUGCGGGCUGCUCGACAAUCCCCGGAUCGGAUUUGACAUGCCGUUCAUGGCACGCGUUGACAUUGCCGUUGAACCGAGUGACAUUCUCGACUUUGUUGGAUUGUAUCUCAACGACAAGGCCGUUGGGGAGAAGCUUCAAGGGAUGUUGCAGGUCAAUGCUAUCACUUCGUGGCACCCAAGCACCCAAACACCCCUUACGCCGAAGCGGCUACAAACAUGGCGUGAGGCUCGAGCAAGGUGUAACGCAGAGGGUUUUGCCAAAGAUCCUGUUGGACUCAUAGAGUUCAUCGGUUGUAGUCAUGUGAAAGACUCGGGGAACUCAGUGACCACUGAGUUACACAUCCCCACUAUUUUCCUUGACACGGCGAGGAAACGCGAGCCCUUCGUAAGUGUGUCGGCUGUCACGGGCAUUCCGUUCAAGAAACCCAUGAGCGCUGUGGCAUGUCUGGAGUUUAUUAACUCGCAUAUUCGGGCGGAUAAACAGAAUCAGUUGCAUUUACGGGCUGAGAUGACAGAGCAAGACAAGGAAGCUAUUCGCGCUGCAGGUCGCAAUGAGGACACACUUCCCGCUCGUAUUCUCAAACAGAAGAUGCAAAGCGAACACCUCUAUGCCAAUAUAGUGCAAUUGACACAUUAAAUAGUCACAUGUGAGUGUGUACAUUUUCGUGGGGCCUUCUCUUUUCCGCCCGCGACUCUUCAAGUUACCCUUGUACCAUACUUUAUCUCAUCGACGGGGUCAAAGAUGAGGCCUUAUUUAGGUUGGAUCCGUUGUAAAUUCCACAUUUUGGAGGUGCUUUCAGCUCUCUGCUCGAAGUCUUCUGUACGACUUGACAUAUAUAGCGAUAAUCAGUCCCUACGAUAACUAGUGU